GCACAACUUUGAAGACACAGAGGUAUCUGGUAAGAAGUAAACUAGUCGUGUGCACAGCUCUGUUCCUGCUUUGAAAAUGAGAGAGAUCGUGGAGAAGAAUGAGAGAGAUGAUAGCAUGGAGAAGACUGAGAGAGAUGAUAGCAUGGAGAAGACUGAGAGAGGUAAUAGUUCUAGAACUGAGGAGCCAGUUAACUACAGAGGAUGGAAAGCAAUGCCAUUUGUCAUAGGAAAUGAAACAUUUGAGAAGCUGGGAGCCAUUGGCACCUUGUCCAACCUCUUGGUCUAUCUCAUUAGUGUCUUCAACAUGAAGAAGAUCACAGCUGCAACUAUGCUCAUCAUCUUCAAUGGCACCACCAACUUCGCUACCUUGCUCGGAGCUUUCGCUUCAGACACUUAUUUCGGUCGCUAUAAGACUCUGGGUUUUUCUUCAUUCGCUUCUUUUUUGGGGCUGCUGCUGAUAGAUCUUACAGUAGUGUUCAAGAAGCUGCAUCCUCCUCAUUGCAAAGCAGAAGAAGGAGAAACAUGUAAAGGGCCAACAACUGGGCAGAUGGCAUUUUUACUAACUGGUUUUGCACUACUAGUGGUAGGAGCUGCAGGCAUCAGGCCAUGUAACUUGGCAUUUGGAGCUGACCAAUUCAACCCCAAAACAGAAUCUGGGAAAAGAGGCAUCAACAGCUUCUUCAAUUGGUACUUUUUCACCUUCACUUUUGCACAGAUGGUAGCUUUGACCCUCAUUGUCUAUGUUCAAUCAAAGAUAAGCUGGGCUCUUGGGUUUGGCAUUCCACCCAUUCUAAUGUUAAUAUCAUGUGCCCUCUUCUUUAUGGGUUCAAAAAUGUAUGUGAAAGUAAAAGCCACAGGCAGCCCUAUUACAAGUCUAGCACAGGUCAUAGUGGUUGCUAUCAAGAAAAGGCAUUUGAAGCUAUCAGAGCCAGAGCAACCAUGGUUCUGCAUGUUUAUUUAUAUGCCUCCCAAUUCUAUCAACUCCAAGCUUCCUAACACAAAUCAGUUCAGAUACCUUGACAAAGCAGCAAUUCUUACACCCCAAGACGAAAUACUCCCGGAUGGAUCAGCAGCUAAUCCUUGGAGACUUUGCAGCAUGCAGCAAGUGGAAGAAUUGAAAUGCCUGCUGAGAGUUUUACCAAUAUGGGCUGCAGCUCUCGUAUGCCAUGUUGCAAUAGUCCAACUGCAAACCUACGUUGUCUUUCAAGCCAUUCAAUCCGAUAGACGCCUUGGAAACACCAAUUUCGACAUCCCACCUGCAUCCUACUCUGUCUUCUUGAUGCUGAGCAUGACCAUUUGGAUACCAAUCUAUGACCAACUUGUUGUCCCAUUCCUCCAAAGGCUCACAGGAAAAGAAGGCGGCAUCACUCUCUUGCAGAGGAUAGGAAUUGGCACGUUUCUCACUGUAAUCUGCAUGAUAGUAUCUGCAUUUGUUGAAGAACGCCGAAGGACUAUAGCUCUAACUAAACCGAUUCCAGGACCAAAGGGUGCCAUUUCUUCCAUGUCAGGCUUUUGGUUGAUCCCUCAGCUCUCAAUUGCUGGACUUGCUGACGCAUUCACCACCGUUGGUCAAAUUGAGUUCUACUACAAGCAGUUCCCUGAAAACAUGAGAAGCAUUGCAGGGUCUCUCUUCUUUUGUGGAAUAGCAGGUUCAAGUUACUUAAGCAGUUUGUUAAUUGCGGUAGUUCACCGGACGACUGAGGGGGCUGCAACUGGAAAUUGGCUGCCAGAAGAUCUAAACAAGGGGAGAUUGGACUACUUCUAUUACUUGAUUGCUGCUCUAGGAGCCAUUAAUUUGGGCUACUUUUUAGUUUGUGCAAAUUGGUACAAGUACAAAGGUACUGAGAACAACAAUGCCCUUGGAGUUGAAGUUGAACUGGUGAGGGAAAAACUGCUGGUUGAUAAUGAAGCUUAGAAGUUAUCACAUUAGUUCAUGAUAUGCUAUAGCAACUGAUCCUUGUAUAUGUUUUACAUUGAAAGUGCUUAAGAAUUUGAGACA